UGUUACAUUCUCACGGGUUUGAUGGCAGGUUUGUAAUUGCAGGUGGUGUCUUGCUCUCCUGCGGAGCAUCCAAGGACAGAGCAGCUGAGCUCCAACUCUAAUACCUUACGCACACGUUUCCCCUCAAACACCCUUUUGUCCCUCCGAGCUGAACUCCCGCAUACACAGCGAGCAAGUUUGCCCACAAUAUCUGUCGCACGGAUGGUUGUGCGGAUUGUACCCUUUCAUAGUGGUCUCAUUGUCCCCGCACUGCAUUCUGGGGCUCCGUGUGACACCUGCCGCCCAGUUCAGGUAAACGGGAGGCGGUGAAUGCCCGCCGCAUCCGAGCCACUCAGGUCGGAUUUCUGCGCUUUUUUCAAAGGAAGCGACAGCGGGGGUUUCCUCUCUCUCCAUCGCUUCUAUGCCUGAGGUAUUGUUGCAUAUCGCCUCUCCGGAGCUAAACGGGACAGUGCUAUGUGGACUCACCCCAAAAGCAAAACUUGCGAGGUGUACUGCGUCUCCGGGCAUGGACACUCAGGCUGCUCCGCUCCACAGGGAGAGGGAGAGUUAAAGGAGCCCACCCAGUCACCGAGCCCCCCCACGAAGCCCGAGGACCAGGCAGAGAAGAGAGUGGAAGGGGUGCGAGCUCCAGCCUGUGGCUCCUGGAGGAGAUGGAUGUUGGGUCUCCUGCCUUUCUUUCCCUUCACUGCUGCCAUUGCACUGACUCUCCACUACUUAACAUCUCCACCUUGCUCAGUGUUCUUCCUCGGAGGCAGCGUGGAGUUCCCAAACCUGAGCUUCUCCUCAGAGCUGACUGACUCCACCUCCCCUCAGUUCCGCCUGCAGGCUCAGGCUUUGAACCAUUAUUUCUCAGAGCUCUAUGAGUCCUCCCCGUGGAGCUCUUACUACCUGCGCUCAGGAAUUACUGCCUUCAGUGAAGGAACAGAAGGGCUCAAUGUCUUCUACUGGAGUAAAUUCUCUGCCCCAGACAAUGUUGCCAUGGAAAUCCAGAGGUCCAGCCCAGAGAGGCUGCAGCGACGACUCCCCGGCAGCAACAAGGUGCAGCGGGACAGUCGCAACGAGCAGCGCUACUUAAUGGAGCAAGAUGACGACACGCUCCACCUACUGGGUUUGGACCCUGAUGACUUUGAAGCAGACGAGAAAUCAGACAAAAUUAAAAAUCCAAAUAAUAUCCAGAGUGGGAAAUGGCAGCUUGGCUUCCAAGCCAUGUCUUUUGACCUCUACGCCAAAUAUGGGAACAACCGCACGCUGAGCCUCGUGAGUCCCAAGAAGCCAUACUACCAGUGGCGUCUUCGUGUGCCAUCAGGUCACGUGGUUCGACUGGUCGUCCUCACCCUUCAUGGCGCCACACCGGGAAGCUGCACCGCCCACAAGCUCUCCGCCUAUGACUUCUUACUUCCUUUACAGAACAAGAUAAUCGCCAGGUGGUGUGGGCUGCCUCUGUCAGGCUCCUCUCCAGUCAUGAAGCUGACGUCCUCCGGCAACGUAAUGCUGGUCACCUUCUCUUUCAGCAGACAGCGAGAUGGAGCAAUCUUCAAAGCUUACUUCCAGGCCAUCCCAAAAGCAGGUUGUGGAGGGUCAAUUUCCUCCUGGAACGGUUCUAUUUCCUCACCCUACUACCCUUCUUAUUAUCCUCCUAACAUAGACUGCACUUGGACGCUUCGGGUGCCGUUGCCAGGAUACCUGAUCUCCAUGACGAUCGUGACGAUCGACAUUCAGGAUUCCCCAUCAUCGGACGGCUGUGAGAAAGACUGGCUGGACAUUGGAGGGUUGAAACUGUGUAAUCCGGUGUCAGACAGCAGUAAAAAGCGGGUCUACUCAUCUCCUCUCUCCCUCCACUUCCAUUCUGAUGAAUCUCUCACUCACAAAGGCUUCUACUUGUUAUACCGAGCCUUUUCUCCAGAGGGCACUUGCCCUCGGCAGUUUCGCUGUGGAGAUGGUCGCUGUAUCCCUCUGAGGAAGGUGUGUGAUGGAGUAAAGGACUGCUCAGAUGGGCGAGAUGAGGCUAAAUGCUCAUCCUGCAGGCCGGGUGAAGUGCUGUGUGGGAACGGUCAGUGCAAACCUCAGAGCAGCCAGUGUUUCAGUCAGAACAUCUGUCCAGACAGCAGCGAAGAGGGAACCUGUGGAGGUAAAUGUUACCACGUUUGUCCUAACAAGGUGUGUUUGCCGAAGUCUUCAGUGUGUGACGGUGUCAUUGACUGCAAAGACCGCAGUGACGAACUCAACUGCACCAGAGCAUAUCUCAAAGGCUGCUCCUCAUCCUCAUACAAAUGUGCCAAUGGAAAGUGUGUAAGUAAGGUGAACCCUGAGUGUGACGGAGUUAAAGACUGCUACGACGGCUCCGAUGAGCUGCGCUGUGGCUGCGGCACCAGGCCCAGGAAGCGGACUAAGAUAGUGGGAGGGUCUGACGCCGUGGCGGGGUCGUGGCCCUGGCAGGUCAGCCUCCAGAUGGAUCGCUACGGCCACGUCUGCGGAGCCACGCUGGUCUCCAACCGCUGGCUCAUCUCGGCAGCCCACUGUUUCCAGGACUCAGAUGCCAUCAAAUACUCAGAUGCUCGUGCGUGGCGGGCGUACAUGGGGAUGCGUGUGAUGACCACGGGGACCAACGGAGCCGCCACCAGACUGAUCCGCCGCAUCCUCCUCCACCCGCAGUACGACCAGUUCACCUCGGACUACGACAUCGCCCUCCUCGAGAUGAGCGCGCCCGUUUUCUUCAACGACCUGGUGCAGCCCGUGUGCGUCCCCGCGUCCUCACACACUUUCACCACGGGGACGAGCUGCUACGUCACGGGCUGGGGGGUUCUCAUGGAGGACGGUGAAUUGGCGACUCGCUUGCAAGAGGCCUCAGUGAAGAUCAUAAACAGAAACACCUGCAACAAGCUGUACGACGACGCCGUCACUCCCAGGAUGCUGUGUGCUGGGAACCUGCAGGGAGGUGUGGAUGCCUGCCAGGGUGACUCAGGAGGUCCGUUGGUGUGUCUGGAGCGUGGCCGGCGGUGGUUCCUGGCCGGGAUCGUGAGCUGGGGCGAAGGCUGCGCCAGGCAGAACCGCCCCGGCGUCUACACACAGGUGAUCAAGUUCACUGACUGGAUCCAUCAGCAGACCAAAGGACAGGUGUGACUGAACAUCACACUCACAUGAACAAAGUGACUUAACACACAGGACGAAGCUCUGAGGUCUGAGGUGUGUCUUCACAUUGUUGUCUUGACUUCAUGACAACAUGUACGGUCAGUUUUUUGGGAAUGAGUCCAAGACAGCGGGCCAGCAGGGGCAACAUGGCAGCUCUAAACCAUCCAGCUUCCUUACAAUCUGCAAACAGCGACUAUGUUGAAAUACACACACAUAAAAUCACUUAAAGUAAUUAUUAAAUUACUUUAAGUGGUUUUGAGUUGCUGCAAAUAAAUAUUAGAAUUUGGUUGAAAUGCAAAAUUACAAAAAACACUGUCACAUAAAAACACAGUUAGUGUUUGGGUCUUGAUGUCUGCACACGUCAACUGAACUGAGAGUUACUAGCAAAAUUAUGUUGGAUACAAUACGCUGAAACAUACUUAGCAAUUAUUAUUUUAUGUCUGUAUUAAAAAGUAAGAAAAUGGAAAGCCAGGUUGUUACAAAUACCACCAAUAUAUUGGUACACAAAUAUCUGACUGAUCGCCAACUUAUUUCUAUUUUCUCUUUGUUUUAGUUUUUCCCUUUAUAUUUAAUUAAACUUGCUUAUAGCAGCAAUUGUCACAAGUAAAUCUGAUCUUCUUACAGCUACAAAAAGCGACUCCUGGACACCGUCUAACUUACAAACAUAAAUUUAUUAAAGCGGAAUUUUGGUACUAGACCUCCAUCAGGCAAAUUGUCCUCUUAUAGCUAAAAAACACAAAUUUACAUAGAAACAUAAAUUCAAAUGAAAAUCCUGGUUAGCCCUCCGAACCCCAAAACCAUUGGAACCAUUGUAGUCCCAUUGGAAAAAAAUAACAAAAUGUAUCAUUAAAAUCCCUUUAUUCUGCUCUCAUUAAAAAAUGUGACAAAAAUACAUCAUUUACACUGAAGAGAUGCUCUAAAAAUUAAAAAAUUCAGCACUCCUCGGUGCAGCUGUGAAGCCAUCAGUGACUUGGCUACAACUAACAGUCCUGUGACAAAAAUUCAGGGAUUUUUCAGCAGAACUGCAGGCUACGUUUCUAUAGAGGAGAGGGAAAACAGUUUAAAAAUGCAGACGUUAAUUUAACUAUACUAUGUAGAGCCAACUUUUAAAAAAAAAUAUCACCUAUGGGCACUCGGAAAACAUUGUACAUGUUGAGUCCAGAUUUUUUAAUUUUUUGUAAAAAUAAAUAAUCGAAGAACUUGAACUUUUUUAGAAGAUUUAUGGCAUUUCUGACUUUCUUAUAAUGCACAAAAGCAUUUUUGAGGUCUCUCUACUUCUAGCCAUGGUUGUGCUGUUUCCAUAGAGGUGCUAGAGCUUAUAUUGCAGGAAAAAAUGACUGUACAGUGAGUAAAAAUGGCAAGAAAUUCCCAGAAAGUGCUUGGGGUUCAGAGGGUUAAACUGAUCUGCUUUCAGGACAAAGAAAACAAAGAGACUUGUCACCUAUUUGAUCUUUCAGCUCUUGUUGUGCUCUGUCAGAAUUGAUCUAGAUUCCUUUCUGCUUUCUGCCGUGUCAAAACUUGGCACUUAUACAGACAAUUACAGCUCAUGCAUGGAUGCAGAGCAGGGAUGUGGCAGUCAGUUCCCUUCUUUAUGAAAAUAUCCCAGGUGUUUGUUCAUUUUCAAAAUAAAAUCAUGAUUAAAGCUAUCAGGCUUUGUGUGGCUUCUACUGCAACCACACAGCUGUAGUAUGCCCAUAGAGGCUUUAAUGCUAAUGUCAGUAGCAGCUUUAAAUUACAGACAUCGGGCUUCACAACAGAUCUGAUAAGGACCAUUUGCCAGAGUAUCUCGUGCAUGUAAAUGUAGCCAAUUACUUCCCGGUUUCACUAAUGUUUCUGCUCCCAUUGUUUACUGCAGAGAUAAACCACACGUGGUGCUGCUUGCCAACAAAAAUUCAAUCAGCCUUUUUAUUGAAUGUGGAAAGAGUUCUCUCCCAGAAAAAGUACAUGUUCUCGCCCUCGUCUACAUCCGUCUGUGUACUGUAUACUCCUGUGUGUUCACAACUCACUUCAUGACUUCAAGAGUUGUUUUUGUACUGUAUGUGUAUGUAUGUGCAUUUGUAUAUCAUGUGUUUAUCCGAGUCAUAGCCUUAUGCUCAAUAUAUUCUGGAAUUGUAGAGAAGUGAACAGUCCCUCUAUAGGAGGUGCUUUUCAGUUUUACUGUGAUUUAAUUUAUCUUUAUGGUGCCUGCUUUGUGCUUGAUGUUCAGUGAAAAUCAUGAAACCACGGUGCAGUUGAUGGCGGUAUGUGAGGAAAAUAAUCAGAUCACUAGGAGAGACUCUUACCAAUCUUUUCCAUGUACACACUUGGGCUUUUUUUUUUACUUCUUCCCUUCUCAUUCAGCUCACAUCACCACCCAGUGGCCAGUGUGUCCCAUCACCUCUUUUACUGUAUCUCCUGAAGGAAUGGUCACUUCCUUGCACCUUACACCCAAAGAAUUAAGAACACUGCAGUUUGCAUCAUUGUUAAAUAAUGUCAGAUUAUUUGCCUUUAUAUUAAAGACAUCAUUACCAGA